AUGAAAGACUCACAGAGGUGUUACUUUUUAUUCAUUACGUAAAAUUCCUACCAGAAGAGAGGAAAAUUAUACAUAUUGUUAAAUUUAACAUUAAAAAUGAAAUUAUGGAAGAGGAGUUUGAAUUCGAUUCCAAUAAUUAUGAAGGUAAAUGGUAUAUGUAGUAUAUGUAUUAUGAUACAAUUUAGAGAAAAAUUAUAGUAGGAUUUAUGUCAAAAGAAUGGUCAAUGGAAAAAAGCCUUAUUUCUUUGAGCUUUUUCGACCAAGAGUUUAAAUUAAUAUUAGGUGGGAGUUUAAAUGUAAGAUUAUUAUUAUAUAAAGAGCGUUAAAAACACUUUUUAGGAGGAAUAUCUAUUAAGCAGUUUUCCAGGAAAAAUGAAAUUAAUACUUUUAGAAAAAAAUGAGAUAAGAGAAUUUUAUAUUUCAAAUUUAAAAGACUGCGAAUUGGAUUUUUACACAUUAAUUAACGAAUAUUAUGAUUAUAAAACCCAAUUCCUAUAAUUACAGAUUGAUUAAGAAUAUGACACAGAAUAUUUGAUAUAGGUUUGGGCCCAAAUUGAUAAUGUUUUAGCAGCAUUUUAAAUAAUUUAAAUUAUCAGAUUGAAUGUUAGAUAUCAAUUAGACUUGGAGAACAAGAUAGAUUUGACGAGUUUUUAAAUUAGUUAUAUAAGUGAGAAUUAAAAAUGGUAUUAUUGUCUUUAAUUCUAUUCCUAUAAUUAUCCGUUCAUUCUUUCAACUACUUAAAUUUAGGAUUUUACUCAGAAUUAUCAAUAUGAAAUUGGUAGCGAAUUUCUUACUUCAUGGCAUUUAAUAUAAGUUAGUUACUAAAAUAAAUAAAUCAAUUAUAGAAUGAGAAACUAUUUACUAAAUAAAUAGUUGCUCAAUCAAUUUGAAAACGUAAAUUAGUUUUCUUGCUCGAAAUUUACAAUUAGCUUAGGAUAAACUACAGGUGAGAGUUUUCUUAGUGGCCAUCUCAUAAAUUUAAAAUAUUCAACUUGUCCUUCCAAUGAUAGUAAUUCAUUUUACCAUUGUCAUUACUCUUGUGAAACUUGUUUUGGGCCUAACAGCAAUCAUUGUUGGUCAUGCGAUAUUACAAAAAAUAGACUAUUAAAUCCAUAAACUAAUACAUGCAAAUGCAAACUAUGGUAUUUAGACUUAGGUGAAGUUUAAUGUCAUGGGUAAUCUGAGUUUAAUUUAAUAGAAACUGAAAUCUAUUUACCUAAAGAUACAAGGUAUGAUGAAAUUUAGCCAACAGUUUAAUGUGCUUUUGGGUACUUUCGAUUUUUAGAUUCAUGCAUUUAGUGGUAUAAUUUAUUGAUUAAUAAGUCCAUCUGCAUCAUAAAAGGGAUCCAUAUAAUGUCUAGAAUGUCUUCUAUAUCCAGAUACAUGGAUUUCAAAAGGCAUUUGUUAUCAAUAAUCUUAAUAGUUAGAUAUGGAUGAAUAAAAUACUUAUAGAGAUUUUACUGAUUCUGCUUCUCCAUAAUCAAAUUUUUAUUUAUUGGUUGACGAAGAGUUAUUUACUUGUGAAGAUUGCGUAUUUUGUUCAAAGGAAGAAUAUUUGGAAGAGCAAGAAUUGGGACUUGCUUAUUGCAUUUUAUUUCCUUUAAAGCACAUGAAUUAAGAUACAUAUAUAGAAUGUAUAUACACAGAUUUUGACUAUGAAACUAAUAAAUGCUAGCCACAAAAAGUGAUAGAAAGACGAAAUUAUGGAUCUUAGAAAGGUACAUGCAAUGAGUUCUGUGGUUACUGCAAUUUUAGACUUUGCUAUUACUGCAAGGAUACUACACUAUACUUUAGUGAUUGGUAAGGAAUAUGUAGAGCAUGUAACAUUGAAAACUGUAAAUAUUGUUUUUCAUACAGCUUAUAUGACUUGAAUUAAGUAUCUGCAAGAAAAGCCCCUUUUAUUAACCUGGCAUCUAAUUUAGAAGAAGAUUAUAUAAUAGGGUGUUCGCUUUGUCAUUAAGGGUAUAUUUUUGAUUUUACUAUCAAUCAAUGCAUAAAAAAGAGUUUGGAAUAUCCAUGCCUAAAUGCCUUUAUUAAUUAAGAUAAUGAAUUAAUUUGUACUAGUUCUUCAUUAACAGCUCAAAUAAUUGAAGGAGCUUUGGAAUUAAUUGGGUGUUAAGCUUAUUUCUCGUUCUGUGUUAAAUGUGUUUCUGAUAAUUAAAAGAUGGUUUAAUGUACAAAAUGCGAAGAUGGAUACUAUCUCAAUUUUAAAAAUGGAAUUUGCAAACCUUGCUCUGAGAUUUUUACACAUUCAACCAAAUGUUAAAUGCUUACAUCCUCUUAAGAUUCUUGGAAAUAUGAGGUUAUGGGAUUCUAUAAUAAAUUUCUGCCCGAUAAAAUUCCGAUAUUGCUUUCAGGAUAAUAUUUUAUUGUAUAUUAUAUUUCAGAAGAAUGUGAAGAGGGCUAUAUAAAUUUUUAUGAUAAUUGUAAAAUUGCCAAUGAUAAAAAUUGCUUAAAUUGGCUUAUUGAUGUAAAUGGGAUGAUAUGUAAAACUUGUAAAUCUUAAUCAAAAUUUUAUCAAUCAUCCUCCUAUUUCGAUAAAAAAUGUCAGAUGUGCCCAUAUCCGUGUAUUAUUUGCAAAGAAAGAGCAUUAGAAGAGAUAACUCUCAUCAAUCCUUAUUUUAUUGUUAAUGAAUAGACAAAAGGCUAAACAUAUUAUUGUAUCAAAAAUUAUGGAAGUUAGGAAACGUACAUACAUCAGAAAUUAGGAUUGAUUUAACCAUUAACCUAAAAUGGAGCCAGAUAUGUUAAUAAAAUAACAAAGAUCUUCAAUUAAAAUUAAUUCUCCUCAUCUGAAUAAGUUAGAGAGUUGGAGAUGUAAUAUCUAAUUCAAAAAAACAUUUAUACAUACGAAGCUCAAUAUUCAUUUUUACCUGAUGAGCAAAUUAUCAAUCUCAGAGAAUAAAUUUUUUCUUUAUAAAAUUAACAGUUCUUUUAUGAUGGAUAAAACUAACAAUAUUAUGAAAAAAUUAUUCAAAUUUUUAAUUAAUCUUAAGUUAUUAUUCAUAACCUUUACCUUAUUAAUGAAAACAAUAUUUUGAAUAUCACCUCUAAAUAUGGAGUUGAGGUUUUUAUUAACAACAUAACUCUUUCAACUAUUACUAGUUAAAGAACUUUAAUUGAAAUAACUAAUAUCACUAAUUUAACUAUGUCUUAUAUUUACAUAAAUGAAUUAAUUAAUUCAUAAUAAUCACUAAUUUCUAUUAAAAAUUUUUAUAAAUAGGAUUUCUAGAAAACGAAUCUAUUAUUUUAUAAUAUCACUUUAUUGAAUUGCAAAUUUAUAAAUAGUGUUUUUAUACUUAUUGAUAAUUAUCAAAGUUAUGUUUAUUAGUUUGUGAUCAAUAAUUUAAGAAUCGUAAAUUGCUCCUUUGAAAAUUCUUCCCUUUUUACCUUCAUCUAACAGUCCAAUUUUAAUAAAAUAAUAAUUAAGAACAUAAGUAUCAGCGAUUCAAAAUUUAUCAAUUCAGAAUUUGCUAAAAUACCUCUCAGCAGCUAAAUUUAGAUACAAUAACUAAAAUUAAUCAAAUCUACAAUUACUUAAGGAAUAUUAAUAUAAUCUACUUAAUCUACAAUAUUUUAAGAACUACUCUUUGAAAAUGUGAAUUUAUUGAAUAGUACUCUUUUACUUCUAAAGGGAUAUCUGAGCGAAACCAAUUUUGAUCAUUUAUUUUAAAAAAUACAAAUAAAAAAAAUUUCACUAUAGGGGUAAAGCCCAUUUAAAAUUAUCUAUCGAAGUGAUUAUAAAGGUUAAAUAAAAAUUUAAGAUAUAAUGUUAGAAUAAGGUGAUAUUAUUCAAGAGGAUAGUGUAUAUGAUUUUAAUAAAUCAAUUUGUUUUUUUGAUUUUCAGAGCCAAUCCAUAUAAAUCACAAACUUUGCAGGAUUAAAUAAUAGAAAUAUUCAAAUAUUUUGUUUGAAAAACUUUAAUUAAAUUAUUAUAAAGAAUUGUAUAAUCAAAUAAGAAUAAUAAGGUUUAUUUGAUCAUGUUUCAAAUAAAUCAAUCAAUAAUAAGGGAUUUUUGUUUAUUAAGGACUUUAUUGAAAUAUUUUUAUCAAAUAUAGAGAUAACCAAUUUAUAUAUGGCGGAUUCAUCCUUAAUUUAUAUAUAAUCCAAAUAAGAUGUUACAUUUAACUAAAGUAUUAUAGUAAAUGAUUUUAAUGUUAGCAACAAUGUACUUGUUAAAAGUUAAUUAUUUACUUUGCCAUCACUUUUAUACAUAUAAUCUGAAUAUUAUUGCAAUGUUCAAUUAUCUAGGAUCAAUUAUGAGCAUAAUCUUAUUUAGUAUUAGAUUGAGGAUUCUUAAAUUAUAGCUCCUUCUUUACUUUAUAUUUUCGUAAAAUAAAGCAAAAUAUCUUUAAUCUCUGGCCAAUUUAAAAAAAAUACAAUUAUAAAUUCAAGAAAUUCUCACAUUUAUCUGAACUCAGAAACCAUAACAUUGCAAUCUUUAAUAGUUUUUGAUAUCAAUACAGAUUAGUAGAAUACAGACUUGAAUUUUUCGAAUAUUUAAAUCUAUCAAUAAGGAGGAUUGGGGUAAUUGAUUGCUAAAAAUAUUUUAAUUUUUGACUUGAUCUUUCAAAAUAUGAUGGCACAUCAAGGUGCCUGUUUAUUAAUGGUCUUACUUGAAAAAAGUAGAGUUUUAAUAGAGAAUGUUGUUAUUUAAAAUGCAAUAAGUUGGAAUAACAUGAGUAUAAAUUCUUUUGGUGGGAGUUUUUAUAUUGAUGCAACAAAUUCAGAAUUGGACUUGCUUGUAAGAAAUAUCUCAGUGACACUUUCUAUAAGCAAAGAUUCAGGGGGAUUUAUAUAUUUACUUCCUUCAUAAAUAUCUAAUAAAUUGAAAAUUCUUAAUUCAAACUUUAUUAAUACAUUUUCAUAAGAAUAAAGUUUGGUUUCUUUUCUAUGUGAUUUUUAUCUGAGUGAUAAUACAUUUGAAUUUCAAAAUAACACUAUAAGUAUUGAAGAAAGCUUUUAUAAUCGUAUUCUAUAAAUGAACUUUUAGAGCCCUAAUUCAAGUUAGAGUGGUCUGAUUGUUGUAUCUAAUAGGUAACCUUAAUUAAUUAUUUAAAAGCAAGAUUAGUAUUGAUUCUGUGUUGAUUACAGGUUCGUACUCAGUUUCUAUAUUUAGUUUAUCUUUUAUCCAUUAUCUUCGUUUAACUAAUAUAUAAAUAAAUCAGGCUACAUCUUUUGGGGCCGCAUUUAUAUCCAUUAGCAAUGAAUAAAAGUACUAAUUGGCUUAUAAGACUUAAAGCUCUUUAAUUUUAAGAGAAAUAGACAUAAAUAAUUGUUAAAAUGUCAUUUAAUAAACAAAAGGUUCAUUUUUGGAUAUUCGUAUGGUUGCCUAAAUAACAUCAAGAAUAUAAUUAUAUAAUCUCAAGAUUAUUUAAAAUAAUUGUUCUAAUUGCUAUAAUGGUUUAAUCAAUCUACAAUUCACAGAAUAUACAAAAUCAAUAAACUUUAAUUAGGUACUAUUCUUUAAAAAUGAUUGUGGUCUUUAAUCAUGUCUCUCUGCCACUCCUACAGGAACUUACCAAACAACAUCAAUAAAAUUAAAUCAAGGCCUCUUCAUCUAAAACCAAGGUUCAAUGAAUGGUUCACUUAAUUUAUAGGCAUCAUAUCUAGAUUUACAAAACAUCAAGUUUAUUGAAAAUACAGCAUCUAAAGGUGGAGGAUAUUAUUCCCAAUAUUAUCAGGAACUUUAGACAAAAAAUCUUUAUUUCAUUGCAAAUAAGGCAAAUAUUGGGGGUGCUAUUUUCUUAAAUAGCACAAAAUUGUAAACCUCAUGUUUUUCUUAAAUUUACUUGAUUGACAACAAAGGCAAGUUUGCUAUAGAUAAUCUUUAAGAAUUGCCCCUCUAGAUUAUGUUAUCGAUAUUCCAAACAAAUAUUGAAACUAUAUGUCUAGGAGGCAAAUAUCAACCCAAUCUUAAAAAAUUCCUAAAUGAAAACUUCGUUUAUUUGCCAAGCGGCUAAAAAAUAGGAUAAUAUCAAUUAUAUUCAAAAGAAUAAUAAAAUUAUCAAAAUUAUAAUAUUCAAUUAAAAUUUUAUUUUGUGAAUAAUCUAGAGGAAAAAGUAUUACUUUUUGAGAAUGAAACUUCAAGUUGCACCAUUAAUUAAGUAUAUUUUAUAGGAGAAUAAUAAUAAAAUGGGAAAUAUAAUGAUUUUGUAGUUGAGUAUGAUUAGGAAGAUCAAUCAUUUAAUUUUGAAAACUUAACUAUCAUAUUUGAUCCUUAUUCCAAUUAGGAUAGUUAUUUAAAUUUAUAAAUGACUUGCGUAAUCUAAUUAAAGGAAGUGAUCAAAUUUUAAUUAAAUGUUAAGACAUUUCCAUGUUAAGUUGGAGAAUACUAUUAUGAAUCAUAAUGUUUAUAAUGCGAGGCCAAGAGAGGGUAUUAUUCCCUUGAACCAAAAGCAUCUUAUUGUUUAAAAAUAGACCCAAAGAUGAUUUCAAAAAAUACAAUUAAUCAGAUUGAAUUAUAUCCAAGAUAUUGGAGACCCUCUUCUAAGAGCUCGCUUAUUUCAUUUUGCAUCAGAAAACCUGAAAAUUGUUUAGGAGGUUGGGAAACAGGAGAUGAUUCAUGUUAGUUAGGAUCUAUAGGAGGAUUGUGUGAAGAAUGUGAUAUAUAUAAUAUAAGAGGGUUUGGUUAAUAUUACCAAAACAGUAGUUAUAAAUGCCAAUAUUGUUAAAAUUUUAUUGGGAAAGCUGCCAUUUCAAUUGUAAUAACAAUUAUGUAAUUUUUAUAAUUAAAUCUAUAGAACAUUGCUAUCAACAUAUUUAACUGUGAAUAGUGCCUAAUUACUCUUUAUGAAUUUUAAACGACUGAAAUAUACUACAGUUCAUUAUAAAAUCAUAUUUCGAUAAGGAUAAGGUAUAAUGUAAUACUAUAUUAUAGAUUAAUCAGCUGCUUUAAUUAAGAUGAUUGUAAACUAUUUUUAAAUUUUGAUUGGAAUAAAGUCAUUCCAAGUUUAGAUGUAUUCAAAUAUUAUUGAUUUUUUGAAUCCUUUUAGCAAUCCAGUUGGUAGCUCUCUAUAUUCAUAUGAUUGUUUUUAUAGCUAACAAUCGAAUGUUCCAGUUAUCUACAUAAAUCUAAUGAUUAAUUUACUAAUACCAAUAUUUUAUUACUUGCUUUUUAUCACCAUUUAUUUGGUUGUUAUAUUAUUCAAAAAAGCCAAAUUAUCAAUAACAAUAUAUUUCACUGCAAUACUCUAUUUGCUAUUUUAUACCUAACCUUAAAUAAUAAAUGAAUUAGGCAGUUUAGCAGCAAAAAGAAAGAUUUCAGGAAUUACUUAUAUAAAUAAAAAUGUUUAAUAUCUAUACUCCACUUAAACGCAUAAGAAUUGGAUGACAUUUUGUAUCAUUCCAUUGUUGAUUUUUGAAGGAGCCAUUCUUCCUCUUAUUAUUCUACUUAAAUUAAUCAAAAUCAGAAAGCAUUUUAAUUCAGAUAGAUUUCGUAAAAUUUGGGGAUAUAUUUUUAAUGACUAUUAGGAGUCAUGUUAUUAUUGGGAAAUAUUUAGAAUAUUUUAAAGAUAAAUAAUUAUAUUGACUUUGAAUUUUAACGAAGAAUAAAUCAUUACCAAAGGAUGCAUAAUGUUUAUAAUCUUAUUAUUUUAUUUUACUGCUGUUUUUAUAUAAAAACCCUAUAAUGUUAAAUCUUUAAAUGGUUUUGAAUUAGAUAGCAUCUGCUUAUGCGAAAUUAUAAUAGUAAUUAGUUGUUUAAAAUAUUAAACGUAAAUUAAUUAAAUAACAACGAUGGACUUUUUACUAGAAAUAAUCUUUAUCAUAUUUUUUAUAUUUUUACUACUAAAAGUAAGCAUAAAACUAAUUAUAAUUUACUAUCAUAAAUACAUUGAGAGAUUUGAUAAUAUCAAACGUUUUAUAUAGUAUUAAUUCCCUGGAUUAACUUAAAAAAAAUCAAUUAUCUCAAAAUUUUUAAAUAGUAAAAAAAAUCAGAGAAAUUAGAUACAACAGAGAUUUUUAUAAGCAUUUACUAAUUUAAAACAUCUUAAAACCCACUCAAGUAAACUUUCCUAAUCUAAUCACUAAAUUAAAAUGAGCAACAUUCAAAAUGAUCACACACUUUAACUUUCUUGUUAAUUCACUAAUAAUAAUGAAAAAAAUGAGAAUGGAUUUGUCAAGGCAGAUGAUUUUUCUUAAUGCCAAGAUAUAGUUUUAUGA